CUUCACAGAGAGCAGUCAAGUAGACAGUGAAAGAAAACUCAUCUCAAGAAAUGGCAACUUCCGCCGCACGUCCUCUCGUCACCAUCCAACCCCUAGGCGGCGACAUGACCACCGACCAAUCCUCCACCCUCCCCCUCCCCGACGUCAUGACAGCCCCCAUCCGUCCCGACCUCGUCAGCCACACACACGCACAAAUCUCCAACAACAGCCGCCAACCCUACGCCGUCUCCAAAAAAGCAGGUCACCAGACCUCCGCCGAGUCGUGGGGAACGGGACGCGCCGUCUCACGUAUCCCCCGUGUUCCCGGAGGAGGUACUCACCGUGCGGGACAAGCCGCCUUCGGUAACAUGUGUCGUGGUGGACGCAUGUUCGCUCCGACCAAGAUCUGGAGGAAAUGGCACAGACGCGUUAACGUGAACUCCAAGAGACACGCUAUUGUCUCUGCCAUUGCUGCAACUGCUGUUCCCGCGCUUGUGAUGGCGCGUGGACAUAAGGUUGAGAAUGUCCCCGAGAUGCCACUUGUGGUUAGUGACUCUAUCGAAAGCGUGGAGAAGACGUCGGCUGCUAUCAAGGUUUUGAAGGAGAUUGGUGCUUAUGAUGAUGCUGAGAAGGCGAAGGAUAGUAUUGGGAUUAGGUCUGGUGUGGGGAAGAUGAGGAACCGUCGUUACAUAUGUCGGAAAGGUCCUUUGGUUGUUUAUGGUACGGAAGGUUCCAAGAUUGUGAAGGCGUUUAGGAAUCUUCCUGGUGUUGAGUUAUGUCACGUUGAGAGGCUUAACUUGUUGAAGCUUGCGCCUGGUGGGCAUCUUGGGAGGUUUGUGAUUUGGACUAAGAGUGCUUUUGAGAAGCUUGAAGGGAUCUAUGGAUCUUUUGAGAAGCCUUCGGAGAAGAAGAAGGGGUAUGUGUUGCCUAGGGCGAAGAUGGUGAAUGCUGAUUUGGCGAGGAUUAUUAAUUCGGAUGAGGUGCAGAGUGUGGUGAAGCCGAUUAAGAAGGAUGCGAAGAGGGCUGUGAUGAAGAAGAAUCCUUUGAAGAAUUUGAAUGUGAUGUUGAAGUUGAAUCCUUAUGCUAAGACUGCUAAGAGGAUGUCUUUGUUGGCUGAGGCUCAGAGGGUUAAGGCUAAGAAGGAGAAGCUUGCCAAGAAGAGGAAGACUGUCACUAAGGAGGAGUCAUUGGCAAUCAAGGCAGCAGGGAAGGCGUGGUACCAGACUAUGAUCUCCGACAGUGACUACACUGAGUUCGAUAACUUCACUAAAUGGCUCGGUGCUAGCCAGUAAUAAAAACAUCAUAUGUUUGAAACUACUUCCAUGUUUAGAGAAAGAUUUUGGUUUUGCAUCUGUUUCGUCUUUUGUUGUUGGAAUAUUAAGCUCAGCUUUGAACUAUUUUGGACCUUGUUUUCAUCAAAUUUACUUUCAAAUAUGUUUUGCUCCUCAAAUGAACUCGUGUUAUGUCAUGAAUCAUAAUUCAAG